AAUAAACAACUAUAUAUUUUUCAGAAAUCUCACGCAUGUAUUCCAUCACCAUGAUCCUAUUCAGAAGUGCGACGAAAAAUUACAAAGUACCCGGUCAGUCAUUAGUCAUUGAAAAGGGACAAAAAAUUAUUAUUCCGUCGUAUUCCAUACACAAUGACCCUAAAUAUUAYCCCGAUCCCRACACUUUUGAUCCUGAAAGAUUUUCAACGGAAGAAAAAGCCAAACGGCUUAAUGGYACUUACAUUCCGUUUGGCGACGGACCGAGAUUGUGCAUAGGUAAACGAUUAGCAGAGUUAGAAAUGAAAUUGGUUCUAUCAAAAUUAUUGUUGAAAUACGAAGUCUUACCGUGUGAAAAAACAGAAAUACCUCUCAACAUACGAGGUCCAGGAAAUAUCGUCAAUCCAAAAAACGGUAUUUGGUUGAGCUUUAAACCUAUCGUUAGUAAUUAGCAUAUUAUAUCAACAAUCUCCAUGUUGUAAUGGCUGUUUUUCAAUAUUAUAAUAUUUAUUGCAUAGAGCAUUAUUUAAUACUCUCAAUGUAUCGAAAAAAAUCUUUCUUUUUUUUCUAAUGGUUGUURAGCAUAAAAUCAUGAAAUACAUGAAAUUUUCAUCAAAAUGUUUGUAUAAGUUUAUUAUAUCCACUAUGCAAUUUUCAAAAAAUGUUGACUUAGGUUGAACUAUUUAUAGACGUAUGCAAUAUUCGAUCAAUGUUAGUUUUUUUAAAUUAAUAUCGAUAAAAAUGUAUUUGUUGGUAGAAAAGCUUGAAAAUUGAAUACAAGACU